GCAGCAUCAUCAUCACCAUCCAUCUCGAAUUGAGUGGAGCCACCAUCGCACACGUUUGCGCUAGUAGGACGAACUUGAAAAUUUUUUAGCAAACGGCGCGCGGAAAAUCGCCAUUGUGAUCCGGAAAAAUAUCGUAGUUUCGUACCGGAAACUAGUGCGGAUUCGAGAAAAGUGUCGAUUGGCCGGGACGGUAAAGAUCUGGUGGAAAUUUUGGGGUUUUGCGUUUUUGCAAACCUGGUGCGAGCACCUCCGAUUGUGCGAGGCGGAGAAGAAAAAAAAUCGGACGGGGCGUCGACUUGUCCUUUUUACUAUAUUAACACGGGUAAUCUGCUUGGAGCGGAACAAAUUUUUGGGCCGUAAUAAUGAAUGGUGGUUGAAAAUGGAUACGUUGGAUGCAGCCUUAAUGAUCAGAAUGGAUGAAGUACGGAUUUAUCGGUGAAGUUCUUUCAGUAUUGUGGGAUCACGGUGUGAUGACGAAAAUUUAUCCAAAAUGGAAGGACUCUUCGAGAAAGGAUAACGUAUGACGGAUUGAUUCAUUGGGGGGUUUAUUUUUAUCGUAGUGAUUUUGGGAGCACAAAAAUCGAAGAAAUAGCCGAAAAUCAUGCAACAUACUGAAUUUUGGGUAGCGAUUGGUUCGUUGAAGGUGGAUUAUUGCUUCCAUUUAGUGGCCGUCGAUGAUGGCGACGAAAAGAAGAAGAAGUAUGGUGUUCAUAUUUAAGGCUAGACCACCUCUGUGAGCAGAACGAAAAAAAUGUAUGAAAAAUGAAACGUAGUACUACUAUUGUGUAUAAAAUCAUGUGUAACAGCUCAUUCAAGUGUCAGUAUAAUGAACAACUAUUGAAAAAUGAUUCUUUGGACAGGUGUUUGAGCCAUAAAACAUUAGCUGGAGGAGAAUAAAUUUUCCAGCCUUAAUUUUCUUUCUAUCCUGCAAUAUUUCGAGGAGUAACAGCGCACGUCGAAGAAAAAGUCAAACCCCGAAAAGGGAGGAGACAGCUGGGUAAGCUCUGGGAGGGUGCAAGGAUUUUCCUGUAAGUCCUUCCAAUUUUCGAAGCACCAGCUCACAGUAUACCGUGUUACACUACUCAGACAGGCUGUCGGUUUUCCGCUCUGCCAGGACCUAUCCUCGAUAGCUCUCCGCCAGCUCUUUUCUCCAGACACCAUCAUCCUGUCAGUUUUCUUUUAGAAAAAAAACACACAAAUGAAGUUUUCAAACACUAAUACAAACCUACAUGGCUUCGGGGAGAGAAGCGAAGAAGCAAAUCAGUGAGCAAAUCACAGAAUAAUAAAUAAGCAGCGAAAAACAAAAUCCUGAAUCUAAAAAGGAAAAAUGCCAAAAAUAGCGACCUACCACCAUUUCGCCACUAGCAGGACGACAUACACUUUCAACCGGUGGCUAUCGCUAGUGGAGCUAGUUAUCCUAGUUCUACUUAGCGCCACCCGGCUAGACCAUGUCAGUGGCCAGCGCCCGAUCAACAACAACACUCUCGGAGCGACCCUGCACUCUUCCGGCGUAAUCAAUGCCUUCCAAACUCCAACCACCGGGGUACCCGAGUAUCAUCAACAUCCGGCGCACAGUAGUAGCACCAACAACCAGAUCGCGAUAGCGGGCGAUUCUGAAGACGAAGAAUUCAUUCACAACAACGUCCCACCAGCACACAGCAUCAACGACAUUGCCUCCGAAAGUGGGCCCCGCAAUGGCAUCCCCGAUUGGGCCCAGAAACCACGUAGCAUUCCUUCGCCGGGUUCUUCACCUGGAGCGGGUUCCAACGAUGGCCAAACGGAUCGAAGGAUCCCAUUCAGUCCGAUUAACCGCAAGAAGCAGUCUUCGAUGUCGGAGCUGCGAAAGCUAGCCCGGCAAAAGCUAACUGUUUCAUCCGCCAACGAAAACGUAUUCGAACCCAGAAACGAAGGAGGAGGCACUGGGGCAACAAGUGUCGUUGGUGGUAUUGGGGCAGGUGGUGGGGGAAUCGGUGGGGGUGCUGGGGGUGGACGAAAUCCGAACAUACCGUUACCCAACAACGGGAACAACAAUUUGGGGCACGCGGUUCCAGCACCCGGUUGGGGUGGUCCGCGACGGAGACCCUACGACAAUCGGCAGGGUGACGAUCCGUUGAGGCAGAUUCGAGAAAAGGUUCACGAGCGGUGGCACAAUCCCCAGUGGAGCAACAUCGAGAUGGACGACAUUCUCGGGGUGAAGUGCAACUUCGAGACGGAAUGUGCCUGGCAUUGGGAUGAGAACGAUCCCAGUGGAUUCCAGGUAGUAACGGGAGCUAACCUUACCGAAUCGAACCGAACGGGAAUGAUGCCUGGCCCAGGAUUUGAUCUGCUGAACAACGCCAAUGGCCACUUCCUGCAUCUGCGGUUGACCUCUAAUAGUACCCCACACAUUCUGACUUCUCCCGUUUUCGCGGCCACCAAGGAAAAUUGCUAUCUGGAAAUGUACACUCAUCAAAGCUCGAUGGGCUAUGGAAGCUUGCGGAUCGUAAUUGAAACUGUGGGCAGCCACGAGUCCUCCUGGGUUCCGGCCGAGGUCAUGGGCAAUGAUUUGAGACGAUGGAUUCAGAACAAAUUUCGAAUUGAUCGGAUCUCGAAGGAUUUCAAAAUCCUGUUCGAAGUCGUCCCAAAUCGGUUGGGUGGAAUGGCACGUGGACAUGUCAGUAUCGAUAAUCUACGCCUCGUGAGUUGUUUCCCAGAUUCUCCCAGCAUCAACAACUGUAGCUUCUCGCAGGUUCAGUGUACUGAGAAUAAGGUACCAACGUGCAUCAAAACUCCCAAAAUUUGCGACAUCACUGUGGAUUGCGACGAGGAGGAAGAUGAAAAUCUCAACUGCGAUAAAAUCCCGUACGGUGGGAGGUGCGAUUUCGAGAGUGGGUGGUGCGGUUGGCAAAAUUAUGGUAACGCCAUCCUUUCCUGGGCGCGCCAUUCGGGCCCAACGCCAACCGAGAAAACCGGACCGGAUUGGGAUCACACCCACGAGGGCCUAAAUACCACCGGAUACUACAUGUUCGUCAACAUGAACCAGCACGCAAACGACAGCGAAAAGAAGACCCUGGUAGGGCUGGCCAGCAAUGCCAUCAUGAACAGCGUCAUCUUCAAUCCGCCACCGUUGGUGCACACCAACGCAUCCUCUCCGUAUCGCAACUCCUGUGUGGUACGCUUCUACGUCCACCAGUACGGAUUGAAUGCGGGAAGCAUCAAUUUGUCCAGUGUGGAGAUAAAGGAGAAAGAGAAUGUUACAACAACGCUCUGGUGGAGCUCCAAGAAUCAAGGCGAUGAGUGGGUUCGCGUGGAUAUUGUCCUACCCAAUAUUACAACUAAAUACUAUCUACAAUUCGAGGCACGGAUGGGCAUGCGCAUCUUCUCGGACGUGGCCGUCGAUGACUUUUCACUGAGCCCCGAAUGCUUCGGCCUUAACAUACCGGCCGAGCAUCUACAAGGGUACAACUACUGGGAUCCGAGGAUUGGCGAUGUCAAACAGCCCCACAAGGACUUUGUCGGGAAGUCAUUUAUUGAACUUAACACUUGUGGGGCUAAAGGAAUGCAAGGCCCGACUCCGGCUGACUGUUUGGUUUCGUACAACAAUACUGAAGCGUAUAAUGCUAUUCACGUGAUUGACAGUCACCCGUUCAAGGGUAUCCAGGCUUGGAGGGUUCCGAACGAGGGAUACUACACGAUCAUAGCAAAAGGCGCUGGCGGAGGCCUGGGAUCCGGAGGCGUUGGGUCUUCGCGAGGUGCCAUGGUACUCAGCGUGCUGGAGCUGCACAAGGAUGAGGAAAUCUACAUACUGGUUGGGCAAAGUGGAGAGCAUGCCUGCAUCAAAUCGAUGGGAUACCGGGAUGAGACGUGUGAAAUCAAAAACAAGCAAUACACGAAGGAGUUGUACACCUCCAAGACACACGAGGUCAAGAAUACGGUCAUCGAAGAUGGGGCUGGGGGAGGAGGUGGUGGAACCUACGUCUUUUUGCUCAACUCGGCUAACACUGCGGUUCCUCUGCUGGUUGCCGGCGGUGGUGGAGGCCUGGGGGUUGGACGCUAUCUUGACGAAGACGUUCAGCAUGGAAAGAAAUUCAUCCCGGGUAAGAAGGACGUAUCGGGUUACGCUCAUUCUGACUCAACUCGUCACGCCGGCGCUGGAGGAGGUUGGCGUGCUCAAGUCGACAUGGCUCUGGAUCCAAAGUUUGGAGCAUCUCUUCUGGAAGGUGGACGUGGUGGUUUACCGUGCUACCUGCCUCGAGGAACCCACGGUCAAGGUGGGUUUGGAGGAGGUGGAGGAGCUUGCGAUACCGGAGGUGGUGGAGGAGGUUUUUCGGGCGGUGAUACCAUGAUCAACUCAACAAAUGGCCAAGGAGGAAGUUCGUUCCUCGCUUCUAAGCGAAACGUCCCGGAACUAUCCAUGGAACAUUCGGGAGCUAACAGUGGACAUGGAGCCGUCCUCAUUAUUCCGGCUAUCACCGGAUGUGGAUGUGACUAUCGUUGCGUAGCUUUGGACGAGUAUCGAUCUACCGUAGGAUGUAUCUGCCCUGAUGGAUGGACUUUGAAACCUGACAACUACACUGCGUGUGAAUUGCAAAAUGAAACACUAGAUAUGAGACUACUCGUCAUGCUCUUUGUAGGUCUUGCCGUAGUUUUAUGUGCAGUCCUAGGUAUUCUAAUAUUCGUAUUAUAUAAUCGAUAUCAACGCAAACGUCAAGCGGCUUUGCGUCACAAAAUGUUGCUGGAGCAAGAUCUACAGUUGAGUCGGCUACGCAGCACCACAGACGAUUCUGGUCUUACCAACUUUAAUCCUAACUACGGUUGUGAUGGCAUUCUGAACGGGAACGUCGACGUCAAGAGCCUACCCCAGGUGGCCCGCGAAAGCUUGCGCUUGGUCAAGGCCCUUGGACAGGGAGCAUUUGGUGAAGUCUACCAAGGUCUGUACCGACAUCGAGAUGGAGAUGCUGUGGAGAUGCCGGUGGCUGUAAAAACUCUACCGGAGAUGUCCACCGGACAGGCCGAAUCGGACUUCCUCAUGGAAGCAGCUAUAAUGGCCAAAUUUAACCAUCCCAACAUAGUUCACCUGAUAGGUGUCUGCUUCGAUCGCCAUCCAAGAUUCAUUGUCCUUGAACUGCUUGCCGGAGGUGAUUUGAAGAACUUCCUUCGUGAAGGUCGUAACAAACCUGAACGUCCAUCACCGCUCACGAUGAAGGAUUUGAUAUUCUGUGCCCUGGACGUGGCCAAAGGUUGUCGGUACAUGGAGAGCAAGCGUUUCAUCCAUCGGGACAUUGCCGCCCGGAACUGUUUGCUGAGCAGUAAGGGUCCGGGUCGGGUGGUUAAGAUUGCCGAUUUUGGUAUGGCUCGGGACAUCUACCGGUCCGACUACUACCGCAAGGGUGGCAAAGCGAUGCUCCCCAUCAAGUGGAUGCCUCCGGAGGCUUUCCUGGAUGGCAUCUUCACCUCAAAGACUGAUGUAUGGUCAUUCGGCGUACUGCUCUGGGAGGUAUUCAGCCUAGGUCUGAUGCCCUACACCGGAUUACCGAAUCGCGAUGUGAUGCAGCUGGUAACGGGAGGUGGCCGCCUAGACGCUCCUCCCGGUUGUCCGAACGCUAUCUAUCGCAUCAUGGCCGACUGCUGGAAUCCUACUCCGGAAGAGCGGCCUACCUUCUCGAAUCUGUUGGAACGACUGACGACCUGUACUCAGGAUCCGGAGGUAAUGAACGCUCCGCUGCCAAGCUUUUUCCGGCCACCGUCCAACGAGCGAGACACCACUAUUAUGCGCCCGCCUGGAAACGAUGAUUUCUGCCUGCAGGUACCGAACUCGUCCGACUAUCUCAUACCGCUGCCGGGUCCUCGCUCGGUAGCCGAACGGUUACUCAGUGAAGCCACCGGGGUCACCAUUCCGGAUACGCUGGUCACCUGCACGCCACCAAAGACUGCAAGUCCCCGGAUAUUGAACGGACCUCAGCAACCGCAGGAAGGCAAAUGCUGGGAAACGUCCUUCAUUCGGGAACAUCCGGUUGUGGUUUCGACGGGAGCUCCGUUGCCACCUAUGCAGGAUCCCACUAUGUUGGUAAACGAAAAUGGCCCGAUCGAGCAACCGGGAUGUCCAGUGGUUGACAAACUCAUCUCCCUGGACACCCCGCAGCAAACGCCCACCAGCAUACAGCCUCCCAUUUCGUUCAGCAACCCGAUGGGCAGUGCUCACGGUCCUCUGAUGGGCAACGGAAUGAUCCCGCACUGCAACGGCACCGGAUCGGGUGGCAGCUCCAAUGGCAGUUCGGGCGCUUCCAUCAAUGGUAUGAACCACGGCAACCACGUCGUCGUUCCUCCCCCUACAAUGGAUCAAAUCGAAACGGCAAAGUUGCUAAACAGUAUACCACCACCGAUCACGCUGGAUCCGUCCACGCUAAACAAGCAACAGCCCGGUGGAACAUCGUAUGCGAACAUCCGGAUGAUCAACGCGGCCAGUGGAUUGGUCAGUAAUGGGGAACAUCAUGGGGAGAAGAUUCUGAGCGGCCGAGGUAAUGGAGGAGGUGGUGGUGGAAGCAAUCAUCAUCACAGUAAUAGCAGCGGCAGCGACAAGAGCAACGAUAAUCGCCCGACGGCGUUCACCAUCCAGACGUUUAGCGAUCGGUACAUCAACAACGAGAACCACUCGGAGAUCAGCUGCUAAGCUCUGGUGGGUUCUGAAGUGAGAAAGAACGUAAGGAGAGAAUUUCAAGAAAAAUUGGAACUGGCGUUUGAGAAAAUUGAGAGACUUAAUGAGAUGAAUGAGUAAACAAUUCAAGUUCUUUUAUUCUGCACCAUGAGACCACCAGACAAUUUCAAUAAUUUCACAAAAUUUUAGA